UUAUUUCCUCCCCACAGACUGGGACCUCACUGCAUCUGUCAUACAGCAUCAUGAACUUCCUGCUCUCCCGCAUCUCUGGCAAAGUCCAUUACCUGUUGCUGAUCAUCACCACCACCUCCACCAUCGUUCACUUCAACACCCGCACCAGCAGCCCAAAGCAUCAGUUCCUGUCCCCCAACACCACCACCCAGCUGCUCCUCACGGCCACCCCUACCCCAAACGAGGGUAUAUGGACGGUCAACUCCAUUGGGCGCCUGGGGAACCAGAUGGGAGAGUACGCCACCCUCUAUGCUCUGGCCAAAAUGAAUGGGCGCCAGGCCUGCAUCCUCCCAGAGAUGCACCAACAUCUGGCACCCCUUUUCCGCAUCACCCUGCCCGUGCUCCCUCCAGAUGUGGUCCAAAAGGUCCCGUGGAGGAACUAUUGGCUCCACGACUGGAUGUCAGAAGAGUACAGGCACAUCCCGGACAAGUAUGUGCGGCUCACAGGCUACCCAUGCUCCUGGACCUUCUACCACCACCUCCGGGAUGAGAUCUUACAGGAGUUCUCCUUUCAUGACCACGUGCGGGACGAGGCCAACCAGUAUCUAGCCAGGCUGCGUGGCCGGCGCCGCAAUGUGACCUACGUGGGCAUCCAUGUGCGCAGGGGGGACUACGUCCAUGUGAUGCCCCAAGUGUGGAAGGGGGUGGUGGCUGACAGGGCUUACCUAGAGAAGGCCAUGGGCUACUUCCGGGCCAAGUACGAGGAGCCAGUCUUCGUGGUGACCAGCAAUGGGAUGGACUGGUGCCAGAAAAACAUCGAUGCUUCAAGGGGGGAUGUGCACUUCUCUGGGGACGGGAGGGAGUCAUCCCCGGGCAGGGAUUUCGCAUUGCUGGCCCAUUGCAACCACACAAUCAUGACCAUUGGGACCUUUGGCAUCUGGGCCGCCUACCUGGCCAGAGGGGAGACCAUCUACUUGGCCAACUACACCCUGCCUGACUCCCCAUUCCUCAAAAUCUUCAAGCCCUCAGCCGCCUUCCUGCCUGAGUGGAUCGGGAUCAGUGCAGACCUCUCCCCCCUGAUGAAGGGCCAUUAGGACACACCUUACAGACCUGGCAAGGCCAAGGGCACUGGCUGGUCUUGACAGGAUUUGGGGCUGGAGUCUCCUGCAUGGGGUAGAGGAUGUUCCAUGUUAUUAGCCUCUUGGGAGCGCCCAUAGCAGCUUGCUCUCAGGCCUUGGGCACCCAAGGGUGAGGCUGGGCUAACUGGGACACAGGCCAAGUGAAGCAGACACAUGGGCUCUCAAAACCUGGGGAGAGAGAUGCCAGGGAAGGAACCAGCCACUACCCAAGAGCCUGGGUGAGGGAUCAGUCUCUCGUCUCCUGGUACUACAUAAACAAGGCAGAUGCCAGCACAAGAGUCUCCAGAGGCUUUCUGGCUGCUUGGAGAAGCUGGGGAAGGGUUUUUUUUAGCUGUGAAGACCUGGUGAAACCCAACUUUGCCCCCACCAUGGGCUUCACAUGUGCCCCUGUGACAAGGGGUGGUGGUGGUGACAUGGGGUCCCAAUGGGCCAAGCUCUCUCCUCCAUUAGAUGGGAGCGAUCAGGGGGGUGGGGAGACCUUGUUCUACCCAUGCCAGAUCUGGGAAUCACCAUAGACAGUCUACUUAAAACAUCAACUCAGUGCUCUGCAGCUAUCAAAAAAGCAAACAAAAGGCUUGGGAUUAUUAAGGGGAUUGGAAAACAAAAUUGAAAGCAUCAUCAGGCCCCUUUAUAAAGCCACAUGCGUCCCACCUUAAAUAUUGUGCCCAGUUCUGGUCCCUGCACCUAAAAAAUGAUCUAGAAGAGCUAGAGAAGGUCCAGAGAAGGGCAACAAGGAUGAUGGAUGGUAUGGAGGGGCUCCCA